ACGACUCUCCUAGCACUUGAACACUUGCUACCUGUAAGCAUUUGUUGCAAUUGUAAUUGGUCGAGUCAAUCUUCAGCAAUUGAGUCUUUGUAAUCAGCAGUUUGCAAUAAUAUUGUAAGUUUCUCUUCAGUUCUCUAUUGUUCUUUAGGGACUCCCGAAAGGGAACACCCCUAUGAUUAUAAACGACAUAUAUACUGUAUAAAUUAUAUGCUUGUAUUACCCAGAGAUUUUAAUCCAGUUUUCAUAUCAUGAUACCUUAAAAUUUAAAAUUUUUAAGGAGUAAUGACUUCAGGCCUUUAAACCAUAAAGCCUUCUUGAGUCUUGUACCCGUUUUGCCAAAGGUGGCGUUGAGGGAGUAGUAUUCGGAGGUAGGUUAAGAAGGAAAAUAAGAAAUUUCUCUAAACAAAAUUUUUGACACAUAAGGAGAAAAUGAUAAUGAAAAGAAAGAUUAAUCAAUGGGUAAUAUGAUAUAUAAUUUUUACAGUAUUCAAGUUGUUUUAAACAGUUCAUCUGGAUCAUGUGGCGGUAAGUACCGAGUAGGAUUUACAAAUAUUUGAUCACAAACCUUUUACAUACAUGAACAAGAAAGAACUUAUUUUAAUUCAUAUUCAUAGAUUAAGAGAAGAAAUACAUUUCCAGAAUUUCUUAAUAGGUACACUUUUAAGAACACCCAUAUAUAUUCACAGACCUAGAUAUAGCACCACUCUUACCAGAUUUAUAAGAAAAGAACAGGAUAAGCUUAAAGAAUUAGAAAACCAGCUAGCAGAAGCAAAACUCCAGUAUCACAGAGCGAGACCAUUCCAGAAUUAGAACUAAACCAUAAUAGUUUAAAGCUAAAGGUAUAAAGUGUAAUUAAUUAGAAUUGUCUCUACCAGAAUCCCUACCAGUGUCUCUACUCAUAGCAGAAUUGUUAUUCAUUGCCAUAAUGAAUGACAUGCUGAGUAUUGAUGUUGAAUUUGAAUCAGAAGCUUCUGCAUAUGAAUGGUAUAAUAGCUACGCCAAAGAAAUUGGGUUUAGUAUUCGAAGAGAAUAUUUGAACAAGGACAAGGUAACUGGUCAGAUAUGAGGCAGAAGAUUUGUGUGUUUUAAAGAGGGUUUCCGGAGUAAAAAACAAGAACCAUGCGUGAGGAAGCCUCAAAAAGAAACGAGGACCGGUUGUAAUGCAAGAAUGACUAUUUCUUUGCAAGAUGAUGGAAAAUAUCGGAUAAUUGAUUUUGAAGCUACUCAUAAUCAUCCAUCAGUAGAUCUGUUGUUGUUUUAUAUAUUGCCAUCGCACCAGAAAAUAAAAUGAGACCCAAACAGUUGAAAUUAAUCUAGCUGAUGAUUCCGGGAUAAAGCCAAAGCUAGCUUAUGAAGCUAACUAGUCGACGCGUUGGAGGACGACCAAAUCUUUGGUUAUCUUCAGCAAGAUCAUAAAAAUUACCUCCGAACCUUGAGAAAGAAUGACUUAAAGCAUGGGGAAGUAGGGAGCCUCCUGACUUGAAGAAUGACUUAAAUCCCUCUUUUUUCUUUAAGUUGCAAACAGAUGAGGAUGAUCAAAUCACUCAUCUCUUGGGCUCAUGCUAAAAUGGUGGUGGACCCAGAAAGUAUUGAGUUUUUGUUGUUUUUUUUCAGUUGUGUUUUGCUCUGUUUUUUCCCAUAACAAUCUAAUUGGAGGGAGAGAAAUUUAUUUAUGGUGGAGCCAUGAACAAGUUUUUCUCAGAUUUGUGUAAUCACAGUCAUUCGUUUCUGCAAUCAAUGGUUGAUAUUGCUUUUUAAUUUUGACCGGUCAAAAUUGAUUUUUAAUUCAGACAGUCUAAAAACACUUUGGACGCACGCAGUUGGAUUCCGUAAACCCAUUUUCACAGUAUUCUUCGUAAAAAGAUAUUCUCAAUUGGAAGACGGUAAGGUAGCGUAGCUUUUUGGAGGGAAUGAAAAUGUGUAUGUGCAGGUACCAUUUUGGUGGGAAUGAAAGUGUGUUUUGGCGGGAUUAGACAGGCGGGGCACAAAGGGGUCAAAACAGAGGGCUUUUGGGGUGGCAAAAAAGCUGGUCCACGUGGCAAAAGUAUAGCCGUAGAUAUCAAUGUGGAUGGACUGAUUUAAUCUCAGCCAUACACUAGAGCAUACUGGACUAUACAAUACCGGAGGUAAGCCAAGGAGGGAGUACAAUAUUUGCCUUCAAAGAUGAAUUUGAAGAUUUCUCUUAAUGAAAAGGAUGAAUUAAAAAGAAUAAGCUUUUUUGAGAAAACGAAAAAUAAUAUAUAAAAAGAAUAAGUUUGAGCAUAGAGUAAUAUUGGACAGUAAAAAAUUGUGCGUAAGAAAAGUAAUCUUAUAUUGAUAGUCGUCUAUAUAUAUGAAAAUUGUAGAUUUGGCAGAACAAAUCCAUUUGUGGGUGUCAAAACAACUUUGCCAAAAUAAAUUUUGACCUACAAUGUUGUCAAAAGUCAAAAAAUAACAAUAUUGUUGCACCGAUUUUGUGCCAUUUGCCACAAUCUCAAAUCAUAAUUAUCGAAUUAAAUUGAGGCCCUGUUCUGUUAACGAUUCUUAAUUUUUUAAGUACUUAUUUUCCUCCUUACCGGACAAGAAUUGAUAAUAGCCUUUGUUGUCAAAUUACUUUUCUGGUAAAAAAUGAAUUUAAACAUUUUAAAAUAUUACAACUUAUCAACAAUAUUGGCAGACUGACCAGACAAUAAUUUUUGGAAAUUAAUCUUAUCACUUUCUUUUUUCUCUAACGACAUUUUUUUUUCUUUUACAUUAUAAAUCACCAGACACAAAAUGGAGUGCCCAUAGAGAAAAAGGUUUGUGGCAAAGAACUCACUAAUUUUUCCGGGAAACAAAAAAUAACUGAAGAAGUGGCAACUGAACAAAGAACCAUCAUGCGUCGUCCAAGUACUACAACCUUAGAUCAGCUAAAUCAGGCGGUCUCCGUGGCGAUACCCCCGCCAUCGUAAGCCCCCCUUCCCUCUCUCUUUCUAUCUCUGCAAUCCAUUCAUGUAUAUAUAAUGGAUCAGAGAAGCAAUGCAACGGCAGCCUCUUUGAGCGGAAACUGGAAAAGAACAAGUAAAACUUACUUAGCCCCAACAAAGCGGGCACAGAGCCUGAGCGGGUUUUCAGACCUUCCACAUAUCUUUCUCUAUCCAACUUGCUCAACCACUCACCACGAUGGAUCGGUAUCAGAGGGUAGAGAAGCCGAGGGCAGAGAUGCCAAUUAACGAGAAUGAGAUUCGUAUAACCACUCAGGGAAGGAUGAGGAACUACAUUACUUAUGCUACCACUUUGCUCCAGGAGAAAGGAUCUAAUGAAAUUGCUCUAAAGGCCAUGGGCAGAGCUAUCAACAAAACUGUGAUGAUUGCAGAACUGAUUAAGAUAAGGAUUGCUGAUCUCCAUCAGAAUACAUCAAUUGGUUCAACGGAUAUAACUGAUAUGUGGGAACCGCUAGAAGAAGGCCUCCUCCCCCUGGAAACUACUCGCCAUGUGUCGGUGAUAACAAUUACGUUGGCAAAGAAGGAGCUGGAUACGUCUUCUGCGGGGUAUCAACCACCUAUUCCAGCUGAUCAAGUAAAACCAUGGAAUGAAUAUGAUUAUGAAGGAGAGGGCUCGCCUAAUAUCCGUGGGAGAGGACGUGGUGGUAGGGGAAGGGGUAGAGGUAGAGGUAGAGGUAGUAUGAACAAUGGGGUGGUAGAGUACAAUGGAGACGGUGGGUGGGACGGUGGACGUGGAUACGGUGGACGAGGUCGGGGUCAGAGUCGUGGGAGAGGUCGUGGUUACCGUGGUCGUGGAAGAGGAUAUGGUGGGGGGGACAUGCAACAAGACUUCGGUGGUUACAACGGCUAUGGUGGAUCAGGGGCACUGCCUGCUCAAACCCGGUGGCGUGGGCGGGGCCGUGGACUUGGUUGGGGCAGGGGCCGUGGACGUGGGCGUGGUCGGGAGUUCAGAUCAGAUGGCCCAGUUCCGGCAGCUGCUUGAGUGGCUGUGAGGUACAGAUUUUGGCUUAUAUCUAUGGUUCUGGAUGCCUGCUCUGCUGAUUAUGUCUUGUUCUGAAGAUAAAGAGGGGGGGAAAUGGAGAAAAAUAGUGUAUUUCUUUGAUUGUAGCGUAGGGACUUUGGUUAUAGCGAACUGCUGCGGUUGGCAUGUGGCAGCCAUGUUUUUGUAGCUUCAAGGUAGGGUAGUUUUCCUUUAAGGCUGACAAAAACGAAGUUGUACAAUUUCCUCUGAUUUUGGUCGAAAUAAUAGAGCAGUACAUUCUUCUA